UCCGUCCUAUGUUUAUGUUUUGUCCCUCUCUCUCCCUUUAUACAUACAUAUACAUAAUACAUUUCUCUCUUAUAUAUAUACUACAAAACUAUACAAUAAAAUGAUACAUCUAUAAAUAACCAUAAAUAACAACGGCAUAUUCUAUACCACCGGUGCAUAUUUUUUCUUUUCUUUUCUCUCCGAAACAAUCUCUCUUAUAUAACUUCUUUCUCCGUUUUCCUCUCCCUUAUCUUCUCAAAUUCAGAUAACAUAACCAACAACCCUUAUAUUCUUUUCUUCUUUUCAUAUCAUUCUAUUCUAUUCUAUUCAUCUCACACUCUUUGUUUCUUUGUUAUUCUUAGAGCGUGCGUGACACUAUUAUACAUACUAUCAAGAAAAGGAAAGAAUAAUAAUGGUGGUGAAGAUGAUGAGGUGGCGACCAUGGCCGCCACUCGUCACCAAAAAGUAUCACGUCAGGCUUAAUGUAAAGAAACUCAUUGGAUGCAAUCCUAUACGUCAAUCUUCUUCAAAAUUAGCGAUUCAAGUUAAAUGGAAAGGUCCUAAGUCAACACUUUAUUCCUUGCGACGAGGCUCCGUCGCAAGAAAUUUCACAAGAGAGGCUGUCAUGGAAUACGACGACUUUUCUGCUGGUUUCGUCGUAAAUUUUGAUGAAGAAUUUCAUCAUCUUUGUAAUCUCAAUGGUUACAACAAAGACAAUGUGUUGUUUCAUCCGUGGGAAAUCGCUUUCAAUCUUUUUCAUGGAUUCAAUGGAAGCCCAAGGAAAAAGGGUACUGUUGUUGGAACAGCUUUGUUGAAUAUUGCUGAAUUUGCAAAUUCAAUUGAUCAGACUAGUUUUGGUUUGAACAUUCCUCUCACAAAUCCUGGAGAUUCUGCACAGCAAUCUCCUUUACUCUGUAUAUCAAUUAGCUUGGUGGAGAGAGCAACAGUUCAUAGAUCAAUAGUUCCUGUGUCAUCACCAUCGGCUCAAUCCGAAGAAAUUACAAUGACGGAGAAAGGUGAUCUUUCUGCAAUAAAAGCCGGCCUUAGGAAAGUAAGGUUUUUCACAGAAUUUGUAUCUUCUAGGAAAUCAGAAAAGGCGUGCCGUGGAGAAGAAGGAAGUAGUGAUAGCAAGUAUUCUAGGAGUGGAGAUAAUACUCAUAACUACUCUCUCGAUUUUGACUCACUCGAUGAUUUAGGAGAUUCAGACCGGGGGAAUGAGGAUUCAAGUGUUGGGAAUUCAUUCCGUUAUGGAACAUUGGCCUCCGCAAAUGCUGGAGGAUCAUGUUCUUAUUAUUCAAACACGAGAAUGAAUUGUGAUGAGAAAGACAUUUGGGUUUACCACAGCUAUUGCAUGCCUGAUGCUGGGCGUUCGCAUAUGGAUGAAUCUACCACGUCUUCUUCUGAGCCUUAUUUAUCACAAAGUACAAAGCGCAGCAUACUUCCAUGGAGGAAGAGGAAGUUUAGGGGAGAGCCAUUGUUAAAAAAGGCCUAUGCUGAAGACGGCGGGGACGACAUAGAUUUUGAUCGCCGACAGCUUAGCUCUGAAUCUGAUGAAUCCAUCUCUUCGAAGUUUCACAAGACUGGGGAUACGCCAAUCUCUGAAUUCGGAGAUGAUAUGUUUGUUGUUGGGAGUUGGGAGCAGAAAGAGAUCACUAGCCGCGAUGGUCAGAUGAAGCUUGAGACACAAGUCUUCUUUGCAUCAAUCGAUCAACGCAGUGAACGCGCGGCGGGUGAGAGUGCAUGUACAGCUCUUGUUGCCGUAAUUGCUGAUUGGUUCCAGAACUAUCAUGAUUUCAUGCCCCUAAAGUCCCAGUUCGACGGUCUAAUUCGAGAAGGCUCCUCAGAAUGGAGAAAUCUACGCGACAAUGAGACCUGUAGAAAUCGGUUCCCGGACGGGCAUUUUGAUCUAGAAACAGUCCUUGAAGCAAAAAUACGUCCGCUUUCUGUUGUUCCUGGCAAAUCCUUCAUUGGUUUCUUUCAUCCAGAAGGAGUGGACGAGGAAAGAUUCGAGUUUCUUCGCGGCUCAAUGUCUUUCGACAACAUUUGGGACGAGAUCAGUGAUUCUGAACACGAGUGUCUUAGCAAUGGUGGACCUCAUGUUUUCAUUGUUAGUUGGAAUGACCAUUUUUUCAUUCUCAAAGUUGAAUCUGACUGUUACUACAUCAUUGACACAUUGGGGGAGAGGCUUCAUGAAGGAUGCAAUCAAGCAUAUAUCCUAAAAUUUGACAGCAACACAGUAAUUCACAAAACAAAAAGUGUUCCUCAAUCAUCAAAUGAGAAAAAAGCAACUGGUGGCUGGAAAACUGUUGCGCAACUAUUAGAGCGCAAUAAAAAGCCGUUUAAAGAUGUUAACAACGGUAAGGAAGGUGAUUCUAUUGAAGAUCAAGAAGAGGUGGUUGUCUGCAGAGGGAAGGAAGCAUGCAAAGAGUACAUCAAAAGUUUCCUGGCUGCAAUUCCCAUCAGAGAGUUGCAGGCUGAUAUAAUGAAAAAUAAUAUGACAUUUUCGCCUCAUCAGAGACUACAAAUUGAGUUUCAUUACACUCAAUUGUUACCGCCUUGUUUAUCAACAACUCCUGCGGUGGAAGCAACCAUGUUUGCAGCAGACACACUUGCUCUUGCAAUAAAUGAGAUUUCUACAUGAUAAUGGUAGUUUAGAAUAUAAUUUAGAUUAAAGAAAGUGUAGAUAAGUAGUUAGUUUUACAAUUUUAAGCAGUUAAUAUUAUGGUAGUUAAGUCUAUAUAGAAGCUCGUUUAAGUGUUGAUAGUGACCUGAAGUUGUAGACUUUGUUUUGCCUUAGAAUAUUAAUCAUUCUUGGGAAUGGUAUCAUCAUGUAAAUGAUUCUGUGAUUUCCUUUUCAAGUGAAUGCAAACUUUUGGCAUAUGACAUAAAGUUUCUACUA